AUGGCAGAGUGCACUACGAGAUCGGGUGGAGCGGCGUCAAUUGAAGAUGCAGCGAGAGUUUUAGGAACAGGGACAUCACAACACGUAGUGACAUCGCUGGAAGCUGCGCCAUCCCGAGUCGCGGCGACAGCGCUAGACGCGGCGACUGCGCAAUACGCGGCGAAUACGCACGCGGCGACUGCGCAAGCACCGGCGACUGCGCAAGCACCGGCGACAUCGCAGGCACCGGCGACAUCGCAGGCACCGGCGACAUCGCAGGCACCGGCGACAUCGCAGGCACCGGCGACAUCAAAGCACCGGCGACACCGGCGACGCGCUCUGCAACAACGCUAUCUGCGGGGACACCGGCGACGCAUCCCCUACGCCAUCAGAUCCCCUGCUUGCCUCCACACGAAUGACACCGGCAGUGGCGGCGACCGACCCGAUCAGAAGCGGCGACGGGAAACCACCAUAGGCCGUGACGGAAACACGUCUUCCAAGAAGCAGCAGCAUCUGCGGAGGGCGUAUGACGGGAGGCGUUGGAGGGUGACUCAACACGCAGCAAGGUUCAGGAUGAGUAGCAGCUGUCCUCGAAGCGACGACGCUGGCUUCGACUCGCUACAAGCGCUUAAGGGGCACCUAAGCAGGACCAAAUGCAGAGGCGAGAAGUCACAGCCAAGCCGGACAGGAAUGUCAACUGAGCCCGGCUCAUCCAAGCGUGCACGGCUCAUCAACGAGUAG